AUGGCUAUGCAGUCGACCCUCAUCACUCGUCGUGAAACCAGUGCCCAACCAGUCCCUGAAUUGAGUGGCGCAUUCGCUUCCAACCAGUCAAGCUACACUAACAGCCCGAUGACUGAAACCUUGGUCGGUGUUGAGCCGUGGAUGCAAGAGAUGCUGCACGAAGAUCUCUUUUCCACUCCUUCUUUAGGCUCCACCUACGAGACUUUCGCCGGGUUCGAAACAGACACGGUUCCAUCUACCUUCGCGAUGAACGAUCCGGCCUUGUUUGGCGCUGAAUCUUGGUCCGCCCAUGGUGCCGAUAGCUGUGAAUUUGCGCAGACCGGAGAUGUGGUAUUUGCGCCCGGGACUGCUUUUGAGUCCUUCGACUCUUCCACCGACUUUGACGCUGAUCUGGCUUCAUUUCUUUCGGGAAACCAAGCGACCCAAACGUCUCCACAGCAAAGUUUUGACCAUCUACCUGAGGCCUUUGAAACCUCUGCAAGCCACCACGACCAUUCCCAAAUUGCUUUCAACCAAGUCACGGCUGCUUUCCGGGAGUUGACGCGUGCGCGAGCCGCCGCUGAUCCUCGCCCGGUGUCCAACAAGCAGAAGCAGAGAGAUGCGUCAAUUGCUCUAUACCUCGAAAGGCUGCGAGACGCGUGCGAGGACGCCGUAGCAGUUAUUAAUUCGUCCGGUUCCUCCAACCACUCUGCGGACAGCUCCUGUUUCAGCUCUCCAAACUUGAAUUCACUCCAGAAUUCCUUCCACAGCAACCAUGAUCCAGUCGUCCGAGGUGAAAGUGAAUCCAUAGUCUUCGAUAAAUCCAUGGCCACCGACGUCAACUCGCAGCAAUUAUACCCCGUUGAGUCGCCCUCGCAUUCCACGGCUUCUGUCUCGACACCCCAUUCGGAAGCAUCAUCAACCCGGCAACAGUGUACCCAGCCACCAGUGACUGGCGGCGUUGAAUUAGUGAUGGAUUUGAAUAUGAAUGCUGCCACAACCCUUCCUCGCCGCCACCGCCCACGAACUCAGGCUCAGCGAGAGCGAUAUCUUGCUGUUCGGAAUCGCGGUGCUUGUGAAAAACAUAAGAAGCAACAUAAAAGAUGCACUUGCGUUGACAAAGAUAUCGCGCCUAGCGAAAGUCUCAAGCAAAAUUCCGUAGGCUUGAAACUUCCCGGAGGCUCAAUCACCAAACAAUCGUCCGGCAUUCGCUCUCAACAAACUCAAUCUUCUUCCCUUCCUAGCGGCGGAUCCACCACCGGCUAUAAAUGGUGCCCCGGGGAUCCCAAUCACAGCACACCGGGAUCUAUUCUUACUCGAGAAAUCAUGCCUCGUGGCGAAUAUCCAAUUAGCCGCAGAGGUUCUCGACGAGGCCCCGAUCACAGCAUGUCAGAGGCCACUCUUCACCGACAGGCUACUAAGUUUGCCGACGCAUCUGAAAGCCGCAGGUGUCGCCCAGAUUCCAUCCACAGCUUGGCAAGAGUUGUUCGCGACCCAGACGCCAGAUCAUCGUCAUUGCCUAUGAGCAUAUGCAGCGAUCGCCCUAACCGUCGCCCAGGAAGCCCUAGCUGCAGUGUCAUGAAUACCGGACGGCAGAUGGCAGUCUAUCGUGUACCGCGCCUUAUCGCUAGACCUUUGUCAACGCCUGCGAAUGUACCCAUGGGCUACCAUCAAUGGAGCCCGAACCAGAGCGCACUGAAGAUCGCCGAGCAUACUAGGUCUCGCCCAACAUUUAUGAUCACCAGCAAUAGCGAUAAACUAGGUGGCUCAGAAAGCGGUCACCUGAACAGGUUGAGCGUCAUCCAUACUCGAUCUUCCGCUGUUCCAAGGACUGCCUUCGAUGACGACAGACGGUACUUGGGAGACAUCAAUCAUAGCGCGAUCCUUCAGCUUCACUCCACAUUUGCUAGGGCAGAUGUGGAAUGCCACGAGUCCGGGUUGGAAUGGCUCAGCUAUCUCAUGUCUCGCGCCUAUCGCCUCCUCAGUUGCACCUGGCGCCAAACUCAAAAAGCAUACAUCAAGGAUCCGUUCCGUGUGUGGCUGGUGCUUUGGGCAGUUUUGUUGGUUUCAACGUUGAUUUUUCCAAGUAUUUUCUAA